AUGGAAAAUAUAUCAAAAAGUAUACAAAUGAACAAUAAUGAUCAGGAAAGAAACAUGUUGGAUGAAACUAUUGAAGUGAGAUCAAUGUGCAUAAAUUGUGAGAAAGAAGGAAUAAAUAAAAUUGUUAAAGUUAAGAUACCUUAUUUUAAAAAUGUUUUAAUACAUUCAUUUGAAUGCGAAUUUUGUAAUUACAAAAAUAAUGUCAUUCAAGAUUUGAAUGCUAUAAAAGAUAAAGGUAUAAGAAUAAUUUUUAAAAUAACGAAAGAAGAAUACUUAGAUAGACAAUUAAUAAAAUCAGAGUACGGAAUUUUGAAAAUUCCAGAGAUUGAUUUUGAAAUUCCAAAGGAAACCCAAAAAGGAUCCAUUAAUACAAUUGAAGGUUUUAUACAAACGGCAUUAAAUAAUCUCACUGUUUAUUUAGAAAAUAUAAAAAAUAUGUAUGAUGAAGCAAAUAACGUAAAUGAAGAAAGUAUUCAUGGGGGAGAAAAAGAAAAAAAGGACAUAAAAAAUAAAGAAAGAGAUGAAAAAAUUGCAGAGAACGAAGAAAAAAGCUGCGAUAAAGUAAACAAAAACGAAAUUUCUAACGGAAAUGAAGCAUGUCAACAAAUAACAGUAGAAACUUAUAUAAAAAUGAUCGAGUCAACAAUUGAUAAUUUAUCUAAAUAUGUUAUAUCAAAAGAAUUUCCAUUCACCGUUGUAAUAGAUGAUCCUUCUGGGCUAAGUUCUCUUGAACACUAUGAUGAAGAUAUAAAGAACAAUAUAAUUACUAUAGAGCAUUAUGAAAGGAAUAAAGAACAGUUACAUGAAUUGGGUUUUUAUGAAGAAGAUUUUGGAAAGAAAAAUGAAGAUAACAAAGAAAGUUAUUCGAAUGAUAAUGAAAUUAAAUUAAAUAAAGAAAAAAAUAUAAAGAAAGAAAAUUUUGACUUCAUAAAAAAAUAUAUUAAUAUGGAUAAUAAAAAUACUUCUAUGAAUUAUAAAACUAUGAGUGAUGAUGAUGAAGAAAAAUUAAUUGAAUCAUUUACAUCAAAUUGCCCAUGUUGUAAUUAUUUAGGCUCUAAUAAUUUUUGUGAAAUUGUUAUUCCAGGUUUUAAAAAAUGUUUAAUCUUAUCAUAUGUUUGUGCAAAUUGUAAUUUUAAAACAAGCGAAAUUAAGAGUAGUGGAGAAAUUAAUCCUAAAGGGAAAAAAAUUAUUCUCACAGUCAAAAAUAAAAGUGAUUUAGAUAGAUUUGUCAUUAAAUCGGAAACAGCAUCCAUUCAUAUUCCAGUUGUAGAUUUAACUUCAGAUUAUGGUACACUCGGUGGUUCAUUAACUACUGUUGAAGGGUUAAUAAUGAAAAUUAUCGAAUCUUUAGAAGAUAAAUUCAAAUUUUUGCUUGGGGAUUCUAACAUAUAUAAUCAUAAUAACGAAAAUGAAAAUACAAUUAAUACAAUUAACAAUGAUGAUUCCACAUCUAAAAAAAUUAAAGAUUUAAUUGCUAACUUAUAUAAGUUAUGCAAAUCAGAAGAACUAUUUCCUUUUGAUUUAAUAAUUGAUGAUAUUGCAUCUAAUAGUUACAUUUCUAGUGAUCAAAUUGAUAGAGAUGAAAAUUUAAAAGAAGAAGAAUACGAAAGAACAUUUGAACAAAAUGAUAUGCUAGGUCUUACUUCUAUGAACACAGAAGAUUAUUAA